AUGGUCCACUACAAUCGUGUCGCUCCUCUCGUUGCCAGGGACGUCGAGCGCAUCGAAGCCCAACUUGACCAAAUCAGUACACAGAUCGCUCAACUGCGACACAAAGUCGACGACCUGAAGGGCGAGAUAUCCGCCAUAAACCUCACCAUAGAGAAACGAUUUCGGCAAUUCUAUGUCGGCGGUAGCUAUGCGGUCCUAGCUAUAGGUGCCGCGGCCUUGCUGCUCGGGGUAUCGUGCAUUCCACCUUACCUCGAGAACAUGCGCCUGGAUGCGCAGCUUGAACUCCUCAAUGAGCGUCGGUCCCCAAAAGGCAGGGGCGCAAUUUCCUAG